GGGAGCCUAUAGGCCAGUAUUAGUGACUCUCGCUCUGCUAACAAACAUCGUACAUACCGCUCAUUCGAAGUUUCCACAUGCUCUAAGUGGAAAGGUUGCUAUUACUUGUUCAAUUAACUUUAUAUUUAUCACUGCUCUACCUACUGUUUCAUUGCGAAUUGAUGAAUACGUCUAUUGUGAAAAGCCACUUUUAGAUACGAUUUUCUCGUCAUGGUGCAAUAGCUAAUGCGAACGUAGCAUAGGUGGCCACGAAUGCUAAGCAGGUACAUUAUAUAUAUCUAUUGUAGUCUUAGCUCGACGAAAUUACGACAGCGCUUGUCAGUGUGUUCAGCAAAUCAGGUCGGCUUUGCUGCCAUUAGCUGGCUUGUAAUUGUGAGCAGCCUGACGACCUCAUGAGCUUCGUAAAGCGCUUCAUUUCUCGUCACUUAGGCGACAAGGGAAAAUCGACCAAUUCGACUCGAUCCGUGGCUCAGCUACUAGAAUCUGAUGUAUUUGAAGGAAGAGGCUCGUUUUUUGACGACGGUUUCUCGACAUCGACCCUUGGUAUCAACAAUAACGUAGUAACGAGUAGUGGCGAUGAGACAACGUCUGCAGAUCCCAAAAACAAAGUCACACCCACUUCGGUCCCAAGCAUUUCAGAACAGCCACUGCCUAACUUACGAGUAUCUUCAGCAUCCCCCCGUCGAACAUCAAGUCCGGCAACGCACGCUACAUACCGCUCGAUGGAAGAAACGUCAAUUGAAGUACUCGAAGAAAAAAUACGAAAACUUAGCGGGGCAUUAGGCUUGACUACGAUGGUCUCGGGUAGAAGCAGUGGAGACGGAUAUCGACAAGAAGAUCAGAUGGACAUUGAACUACGUCACUUAGAGGCAAGAACUCGGCGAAUCGUCAUUCAGGAACUCGAUUCGAAUCGCGGUUGGCAAGCUCUUGCGGCAGAAAUUACGCACCCGGACAAGCCUGAAGAUGCUAAUAACAAGGCAAAUAGGCUAUUUGACGAAAAACACAUUCAACUUCUAUCUGGAGACAACAAAACAACUGUGAGUCCGACGGAUGAAAUUCUGAAGACGUGGUCGACGACAGGCCGAAAUCGUCCCACGAUUCGCGAUUUGUACAAUAUGCUCAGGCGUAUUGAGCAACAUAACGUUGCAUCACAGCUUGCUGAAGGGCUGCGUAUUAGGGAGAACGAAAUUUGUCAGACCUCAUUAUCAAGCGUACUCACGGAUGACAUGCAUAUUCCCUCUGCUAAACUGGAACCCUAUCUCGAUGGCAUGUAUCAGAUAUGUUUUGAAAGUAUGGCGCAGGCUACAAACAACUUCUCGAUAAACAGCGCCAACAAAAUCGGCGAAGGGAAUUUUGGAUCUGUAUACCGGGUGAUGAUCGAUGGCCAGGAGAUGGCCGUAAAAAAAUUUAAGAAUCCAGCUGAGGGUGAGCUCUUCUUUCGCGAAAUACGGACACUGGCAAAACUCAAUCACCCCAAUUUGCUAUCACUGUACGGAGUGGUAGAUACAGGUACCAAACGGUGUAUUAUAACCAGAUACAUGAAGAAUGGUAAUUUGGAACGCAAACUUCGAAACGAAGUACUGCCGUGGGUGCUUCGGCUGCGAAUUCUGCGCGAUGUUGCCAGCGCCCUCGAGCACAUGCAUUCGCUCAAACCGGCAAUAAUUCAUCGGGAUGUAAAACCGGCAAACAUACUUCUCGACGAUGAUAUGAAUGCUUUGUUAGGCGACUUCGGUCUCUCACGUGAGAAAAAGGGUUCGCAUACAUCAUUCACCCAUACCUGCCCAGGCACUCCGCACUAUAUGGCGCUCGAUAUUCUGCGCGGAGACGUCACAGUCAAGUCCGACAUGUACUCGUUUGGCGUGAUUGUACUCGAAAUCUUGACAGGCUUGACAGUGUUUGACCCAAUGAGAAAACAUACACAUAUUACUGACUAUGUCGACGACGAAGACGCCCAACAGGUGGUUGAUAAUCGAUUACCGUUCCCACCAACGCUGGUUAUAGAAGGACUGUUUAAUCUUGGAAUCCGCUGCAAGGACAACAAUAAAAAUAUCCGACCCGACUCGAGCGCAGCGAAAGAAUCUCUCCAGCAAUACUAUACACACGUCGCCGGACUCGAUCUCGACAAUGCGUAAAUGAUAUAAUAAGGACUGUAUUGACAUAUGACUUAACUACAAUGACCAGCGUCGGACAGACCGCUAGCGUGCGAAUGUGUCCUGUAACCGAUGCCAUGAUAAAAGUCAUAAUAGAAUAGAAAAAUUGCAAUUUAUUAUUUUCACUCAAAACCAACGAAAUCUGUGAUUAUACGCUGUGCGAUGAUGUGAUGCGAAGAGCAACAACAGGGCAGUGGUCAAUAGCUUUUAGAACAUUUCAAAAGGACCCACACGACUUGACCAUUUGCAAUGUGUCUUGUGAAGAAAACCCAACGUCCACAUACAACCAGGCACAGAGAAACCCCAGAAUCGAUCGCAAAAAGAGAUCGAUUAUCAACCGUACCUUCAUGUGUUAGUGAUGUCUUAUACAACGACAACUGUUUGUGUUACAAGUUGUAGUUUUAAGCCCGAGGCAGUAAAGAGGGGGGUGUUCGCAAAGCGAUUACUAUUGCGUGCUCACAACAUAGUUCGACCCGGUUGCAGUACUCUAGACUUUGCGGAGUACGUAAUAUACAUUGUUAAUGAGACACUAUUUCCAACCAAGUUAAGUUCAUUCAACUGCAACCAUAUACUUACUACAUAAUGAAUAAAAAAAAUAAUAUUAAACAGACGCUUAAUCUGUUAUCAACAAAAUAUGAACAUUGUAGGUAGGCCAGGUAGGUAACGCAUUCUGCAAUGCAUAGGAAUAUGGCGAAAUUUCAUUUCAAAUUCAAAUAAACUUCCAUGAUAACUGCGAUCUGUUACUGACGAGGACCACUUCGCGAGGUAUCUAUUUUGUGUGAUAAAAGUAUAAUGUAUUAAGCUUCUAUACACAUGCCUUACAGAAAAACGCUACAAUGAACUCGUUCGCACAAGAUUACAGUAACUUUGCACUCAACUUUGUCUUUAGUUCGGGAAAAAUUUUUCGCAUGUCGAUGCAAAAACGCCGCAUAAAGUACUUGUUUUUAUUAUUAUGAAGUUUGAAUACAAACGCGUGCCUAGGACCUCAUAUGCUAUGGGAUGCCUAAGGAUGUCAUGAGUGUUAAUGAAGCAAUUAGGGCUUUAACAAGAUGAAUUUUGAUGUCAAAUUGAAUGUAUAUGAUCAAAAUAAAGCUAAAAUUAUGAUUAAAGCUAAACAGAUAUUACCAUGAAGCGAACGAGUCUCUUUGACUUAGAGGCCCCAUCUGAACAUUUUGUAUUACAAUUUUCUUCGAAUAGAACCCUUUAAAACUAUUGCAUCACAUAUGCGAAUGUGCUAAAUUGCCGAUUUUCAGCGGUGUAAAUUGCGUGUAUUCAAAAUACUAUGUGCUGCCAACGAUUUCCGAUUUCAUAUUGGUUUCUACGAGGCAAAUGCUAUCUUCACUCCUCGGAGUAAUUUCCCUUUUAGGAUGGUACUUCAUAAGUUAUAGGUGUCAUAACACAAUUCUUAAACGUGAAGCUCUGAUAGAUAGGGGCUGAGUUGAAAUUGUGUAUGUAUUGCUGAUUACCGAGCUUUCUAAUGUCCGAAUAGCGGAACAAAGCCAGUUGCUAUUGUAGAUGACUGCAUCUCAUUAUGUUGCCCUUUGUGAUAACGACAAGCAAGUGGCGACGUGGCCUUUUUCGCUUUAGCGGCCUGGGUUCUAUUAUUAAAAGAAUUAGAAAUCUCUAAAGGCGUGUUGUUUUAUGCUUCCGCAAUUUAUGAGCUCGGUAGGUGCCGGGCUUAGAACUCGUUGAUUAUUUUAAUAUUUCUCUCUUCGCAUCUCACAUAAACCUUUUUGUUACCUUAUUAAGAACCGUCAUAAACGCGUAGACAUAUGCGUGCGGCCAAUACAUUCUUAAUCCGCUUCAAAAGCAUACGCCAGCGGCAAAGGCCAAUCAGCAUCCUACAGAAGUGUUAUGAAGCCCUCUGUUGAGGAUAAACAUUACAAAAACAAAUACGAAUGAAGUGCACGCAAGCCGGUCAUUUAGUGGACAAAGUUUGCUGUCUGUAUUGGAAGAAGCAAUUUCUAUCAGAAACAGUGACAAAUCUCUAGUAGAUUGAUUGAAGAAAGCUAGUUAAGUUUUUUAAAAAAUGAAUUUAUUAGUGUCAAAUUAAGUGGACCUACGACAGCGGGGAAAUAAACGUAUCUGUGGCAUCUUGUUUUGACAAAGAGCUCGAACCUUUGCCAAAAAAAAAAA